AUGGAAGAUCAUGUAGGAUAUUCAUUGGGUGAAGAUGAUAUUAAAAAAGAAGAAGUCGAUAUGGAUAUAAAAGUAUCGUCUCCUGCAAUUAACUGUAACGAAGUUUCAAGGCUCCAAUGUCAUGUAUGUUAUAAAAUAAUGGGUCAUAGGUCAUCCUUAUACAAGCAUUUAAAAUAUGUUCAUAAAAUAGAACCGGCUCACAGGUUGCCAAUAUCCUGUAGAGAAAAGGACUGUUAUCAAAGUUUUACAUUUAUUGAUCCGUUUCGAAGGCAUUUAGCUGAACAACACGGGUUUAACAUUGUCGUCGAGAAAUAUGUUUUUCAAUCUAUGUCAGAUUUUUUUAGUUGGAAAAAAGUUACGGAGCAAGAAGAAAAUUUAAGAUUUAUAGUUAGCACAGGGCCGAGAAAUUCAAAGGGUGGUAAAACUCAUUAUUACAGAUGUCAAAAAAAUGGCGCAUAUAAACCGGAAAUAAAAAAAAGACUUCAAUCUGAUGAUCGUGAUUCCAUUUAUAACGUGUCGACAACUCAUUGUAUAUCUAGCAUGUUUGUUUUCGAAGAACCUGAUUCUGUAACUGUAGAAUUUUGUAGGACUCAUUAUGGACACGAUGUCAAUCAAAAAGACGGUAAAGCCAAAUACGAUCCUUUUCCCAAUUCGCGAACUGUAAUUAACGAAAGUCAUCUUAAUUACGAAACGAUAGAUUCAUUUUCAAAAUUAGAAUCAUUAUUAAGUAAAAACGACAGGACGGCUUUAGUGACGAUACUGAGAGAGAAUCAACAUUUGUUAGAGGAAACGGAAUUGUUUUACGAAAACGAACAGGAUAUCAUACUUAAAAUCCCAUACAACAUAUUGAAAAAACUCGUAGAAGAAGGUUUGGAUAAAUUUGAUAAAAGCGACGACGACGACGAUGAUGAUAAUAAUUACAACGAACAAAUCGUUACCGGAUCCGCACACGGAUUCGAAGAUGGAGAUUUAAGUUGCGACGAAAGCACGGUGGAAAAAUUAGACGAAGAAGUCGAAAACGAAGAUUCAACAAUAUUGAAAUCAUUAGGUAACGGAGUGUUUUUAGAUCCGACGUCAAAUAAAAGACUCAAAUUAGAUUUUAAAGAAAAGAAACAAUAUUCCGGAGGUUCGAACGAAACGGAAUCGAGGAGAAAGGAUACGGGGAAAAAUACGAUGUUGGUUAAAGAAUAUUUAAACGAAUACGACGAAAAAGUUUAUAUUUUAGAACCCCUCAAAGAAGAGGAAACUGUUGUUCAGAAACGUGAGAAAAUUCUAUCACAAUUACAGGGGAUUUUAAUGUUGGUAAAUAGUGAAAACGAUACGGAAAUUUUGGACGAUAUACAAAAUCAUUUGAGCAAAUAUGCGUUGCCCGAAUGA